GAGAGUGCUCGGAGCCCAGCUCUCUAUCCACGGACCGACCUCACCCAAGUUCUCUAGGAGCAGUUACUUAGACGCUGCACUCCUUAUGGGGAUCCUUAUCUCCAUCUUCAGGCGAGGCCAUCGGAAGAAGGCAGAGAUGGGUGCUCGCACCUCCACGACAUCCCGCAGCUCAGUGUCCGCAGUGCACACAGUCACUGUCAGUGUGGCGCGGGGGCAGCCAGUGCCGGCCACGACACCCAGCUGUGUCCCGAACUACAACUACAGCACAGAGAAGACGGUGUUGAGGGCCCUGGGAGAGAGCGGGCAGGGGAUGACCGAGCAGGAGGAAGUCCCCACAGUCACAGGGAGGAACGAAGACCAGAGAAGCGGCCCCGAUGACACCGGGGGCGCACGAUCUGCAUUUAGGCCCCUGGGGGGCUCUUUCUUCGUGCCCAGGCCUGGACCUCUGCAGAGAGACCUCCACGCCAAGUGGGCAGAGGACAGAUCCGCCAGGAAACAGCAGACCUCUUGUAUGAGCUCCUGCCCCCAAAGAAACGCCAUCACGAGCUCAUAUAGCUCCACCCGAGGUUUCCUGCCAGUGGAAAGAAGGAGGGGUCCCGCCAUACCGCAAGGGCUGCCCCAGAAGUCUGCGAAGACAGGGGGCGAGGAGGGCCCUCCAUCGCCAUCUGCAGCUCCGGUGGUUUCCCAGAGGAAAAGCCAGCCUGACAAAAAUGCAGAGGCAGCAAGAGGGCAGAAAGGGCCCUGGAGGAAGGACUCCCGCACAUCUGACAGUCCCAGGCCCCGAAAACGCAGGAUUCCUCUGCUGCCGCACAGGCGAGGGGAGCCUCUGAGGCUGCCCCCAGCCCCUGAGCCGGGUUUCCGGGUCACCGCCGAAGACCUAGACUCGGAGAAGGAAGCAGCGUUCCGGCGCAUCAACAGUGCGCUGCGGGAUGAGACCUAUGCCAUCGAGGACCUGGGCAGCUCUCCCCAGCUCUUCCCCAAGAAACGGAAAGCUCCAGCCUUUGCCUCUGCUCCAAGCCCCCCAGCUUUGGGCGGCCCCGCACAAGCAUCUUCAAUUUCAUCAUCCACAACUUCCACCGUGGGCACCCACGCCAGCACACAGCUGGAUCAAGUGUGGAAAAGCACUGGCUUGUAUGAGUGGAGCCUCCAGGUGCUGGAGACCUUCCCUCCUGAGAUCCAGGUCUUCAUGAAGGACUCCAGCGGCCAGGGCAAGCCUUACGCCAUUGACCCUGAUGACUCCAUCCAUGACUUGAAAGAGAAGAUUGAAGAGGCUGGAGGACCUUACAUGGAGGAUCAGAUACUCAGGUUCUGGGGCCAGAAACUGUGGAAUCAAUAG